AUGAGCAACCGCAGAGAGCGUCGAGUUCAAGCUCGAGCCAAUCCGGCAACUAAAAAUGAAACUCCUUUGCACCAGCCAUCUCGUAAAGCUCCAACCCACAAGACCCUCUUCGACAUUGCCUCGGAGCGCCAAUUGCUCGCUACCACGUCGCAAAGCUCUCCUCCCUCAAUUACAACCACGAGGAUAAAUCCAGAUGGAACUCUCUCAACUACAGGUUCAGCUUCGAACUCUCCUGAUGCUACAAUGCCCUACCUCGAUGUCUUUCUUUACACCGCGACCCUGACCAUGCUACACUUUACCCUUACUGUCCUGGUCCAUCAUCAAUACGCGACCACGCCGCCAUCGCUUACCUCGAUCCUCUACACCAGCACUGUCAUCUCUCCUACACCGGUGUUAAUCCUCGUCCUAGUGUCCAUUCUGCAUCCUCAGUCGUCACACCUCCUCACGCAGAUACUGUUCGCAUGUCUGAGUGUGGCAGCCGGGGCUUGGCUUGUUCAUGCUAGUAACGAAGACCCGUAUAUGGCAGUUAUGAAGAAGGCACCGCCACUGGGAACACUGUGGGUGUGGGCGAUUGUGGAGAUGAGGUGGGAGUGGGCUGUGGGGUGUUUGGGUGUGGUUGCCGGGUGGGGGUGGUGGAAGGGGUAUAGUAUGCUCUGA